AGUUGUAAUGCUCAUGGAUACAUAUACUUAUCUAAUUGCCUUUUGUAAAUUUGUGAAUACAGUGUCCAUGUCGUUCUUGUCCGUCAUACUCGCGUUGUCGACGUCUACCUAUCUUAUUCUUGUUCUUGAUACUGAAUUUUUUCCAGUGGAUUUUGAUAGAUAGAUAAUCUAGUGGGAAGACUGGAAAGUUGUUUUGCAAAUCUACAUUGUUCUUGUAUUAGCAAAUCAUUUUCAUGCAUAAAUAUUCUAUGUCUUUGUCACUGUGCAUAAAAACGAGGGACGAGGGUGCUGUCAGUCUCAUCGUAGAGAGCAUGGGAAUUCAUACAUCUGACUGUAUUAGCAGGUCGUUGCGACGUGUACGUCGUGGCACUCAGCUAAUUAUACUACUCAGCGAAUCCUCACUUUCUAUAGGCCAUCCUAUGGAUAUUUGACUAAAUUCCAUUCCUGGUUUACAGCCUGCUACUUUGAAAUCUUGUAAACAUACCUGAAAAUCUGCAUGAUUACAUGUUUUGAAAACCUCGUAGUACUGUGCUAACCGAGUGCGUACCGUGUGAAUCGAGUCGAUAAGUCGUGCACAGGUGUACUGUACUUGUGUAUGCGAUGGAUUGACUCUUCGCGCAGAUCUGCGAGGUGCAACGUGAAGCAACUAUUUUCCAUUCUUUUUACUAAAAGACACUAACUUCGUGUCGACGAAUGUUUCUUCAAUUAAUAAUUUAAACUUUUUCCGAAAACGCCUGAACGGACCUAGAUCCUUUGAUAGCUGGGGACUAAGAUCUUUUGAUAGCUGGAAGCCCGUUCUAGCGCGAAUACUGAAUCCAAAUCUGCGGGGGCAGGAAUAGCCAGACGCGGCUAACCCCAGAACUUAGAACGCGAGACCAUUCGGUCGUCGGCGUGCGCGCCCUCUCCUCGAAGAGUUCCCGCCAGGGGUGUGCUAAUACAAUGCAAGGCCAUUCUGCAUAAUGAUAAUAAUAGCUGGAAGCCCUUGAUGAAUGCAUCGCUAGCGGGCUCCGGGGUCGGGUGAAAAUGUACAUAGAAGGGUUGCUCAAUUUCAAUUUUCGUUAGUACAUUUCUUCGCUCUCUAUCAAUGAACAGAAUAUGUUUCAGCAUUCCCUUGUCGGAGGUAACAUACAAAGUCAUCACUUUCCUGAUGCUAUUGUCGUCCUCACAGUACUUCUAUUAGUACCACUAGUUUCCAUCUCGUCUCUUAAAAAUAUCACUAGCUUUACAAGUUAGUAGUCGUGCUCUACUCCGCAUGGGAUGCAUCGAAGAAGUCGAUUUUAGUGAGGCUGUAACCAUAAUAUUAGUGAGGCUCUAACCACUAGGGGAGUCGCGGUGGAGUCAAAUGGAAAUUUCUUGUGAUCCGGUGCUUCAGGCGUAGUGCAUCGUAAUAGAAGGAGAUUAAUGGACUCCACCCGUCGCCGGCAGGCACACCGGAUAUCCCUGCGAUCACCCUUCCGGAGAUCUUGGCAUACAAAAAAAUGUCAUGUAGGGCUGAGGCGGGAGCCCAUCUAAAUCUAAUAAUCUAUGUUUAUGAUUCGAACUCAGGGCAUGUCUAAGAUUAAUGUUGGCGGGGGCAGGGUGAUCUGGAUGUGUUUCAUCUUCAUGAGCUCAUCGCCCUGCGCUAGAGUGUUGUCAGACUUCCUCGUGGCUGGGGUGUCAUUAAUUGACUAAAUGAAUCAUAAGAAAAAGUUGAAGAAAUCAUAGAUCAAGUUCGUCAUAAUUUUCCAUGUACUUCUCAGUUCUUACUUGUGGGUGAUGUGGUGCAGUACACUUUAUAUUGCUUGCCAAGUAAAGUCCUAUCUCUGUGAAGAAGAGUGCAGUCACUCUGUUUGAUAAACGCAACUUCAAAUAGAUUGCUCUGCAACUUCUUCAGAGUCCUGCGUACCUACAAGAACUUCAAAAUCAAUAAAUUUUCACACACCCUCAAAAACAUCGACUACUGCUUCGUCAUACGACCUUAAAACUAGCGAUCAUACUUACUACUAGCAGCUGUGACCAUAGCUUACUACUGUGCAAUUGCAUCAAUCCUUGUUGCUCGGUUCUCGUUGUCGCCAUGAAAACCGAUAAUGCUGGCAUGGUCGAAAUCAUGGCCGUGUAUUACUGCACAUGAACAAUACGGCGCAUACUAGGUCGAUCAUGGCUGGCCUCGUGCAUGGAUUUGAGUUGCCAUUUAAUGAACGAGGUGCCAUGAGCCGAUGCCAUCUAUCUAUUUCAACUCGAUGAACUCAAAAUUGAGUAGUUGGUUCUUGUCCUCGUCAAUUCCAUCUUAUCUCUUGAAGGCUCGUAGUGCCCUCGUUUUCCGACAUUUGGUCUUGUAGUUCGGUGUCCGAAAAAACGCAAAUUAGACAACGAAUCAAACUUGAAGCGCAAAAUAUUCAAAAUCACUCUGUCGUUAAAAAUGAUCAUUAUAUAUGUUUAUGUCGUGGUGUCGAAAUAUUCUCCUGUGGUCCUCGACGUCUCCGAUACAAGCACGGGCCCUUGAAUUUGGAGAGUCUUCCAAAACGUGAUCAUCCUACGUCGUGACAACCAACAUACAAUCAUCAUAGUAUCAAACCCUUCGUUCCUCAGAUGAUAAUCCUUUUCAACUAUCCUCCUGAAACAAACCCCGUGAUUUGAAUACGAAGGGUCCGUCAUAAUGGUUUCUUCCUUCACGAUUUUCAGUGGCUUCUGAUGAGGUGAUAAGGUUCUUGUAGAGAUGACCGACAUCAAGAACUAGAAACUAGAAGAAGAUCAACAUCAGGAACUAGGAAAACCACAAUCAUUCACGACUACGACUUGAAGAACAAAACACAUCUAAUUUAUUUCAAAUCUUUGAUAACAAAAACAAGGAGCGAACAAGCGGUAAAAACUGAAAAUGUCAUGGCUUUCUUCCGUUUCCCGAGGACACCUCCCACUUCUCCUAAAGAUGUUGGGCGGAGCCUCCUUCUACUUCCUCAAGAAUUUGAUGUUUCACCGUAUGGUUCUCCUUGGUGGAUCAUCUUAUGAAGGAGUCGAAGCUGCCUUUCUUCCCCAACUUCCGCUGGUUCCAUCGAAUCGAAUGGAAUCGUCCCCACCAAAAGUUGAAGAUGAUUCGAAGAUGCCUCCUCCUUCCGGAGGCGCUCCUUUUGAUGGAGGUGCUCCUCCUGGUGCAGCUGCUGUGUCGAAACCUGCUUUUGUGACGCAGGCUUUGGAGAGGUUGCAAAGUCCACAUUUGUGGACAGACUCUAUUUUUCCGUUUUUGCCUGUCGCGGUGCCAAUAUCGAAUGGUGUCUGUUGUACUGGAUCACCUACUUGUAGUCUUCCUGCGCCUGACCUUGUUGACGCAGACGCAGCAGGAACAGACACAAAGAUUUUGAAGGCUGCAUGUGAUGACUUGACGUACGAGCUAAUGAAGGCGGACGGUUUGGCAGGUCACAAUAGAGAGGUGAGGCUCUAUUGCGCAAAGGCAUUUUAUCUUCAAGUACUGUCUCCUCUUUCAUCGACGUCAUCUGGGCAACACCAGGACAAAAUAAUUACGAAAAAUAGUACCCUCGGCGUCGAUGGCGCGUUGGCUGUCCUUGCUGAUGCUGACAUUGUGGUGCUGGAAAAGAUGAAAUUCGUGGAUAACUACAAAAGUCUUGUGGAGAGAUACAGCCGUUACUUCCUAGAAGUAGGGGCAGUCCUCGGAGGAUCCUCGAGACGUUGUAGCGUCAGCGUUGACGCUUUAUUCGCCAUAAUGCAUGCUCUCGAUAUGGUGCAUAAACACAUCGCGGAUGGUCUCCAUCUCUCAUCACCUCUGGGGGAAGGAGACUCUCACGCUCGUGACUAUCCACUGAGCAAGGCCUACUCAGCGAAUGUUCUCUGGAAAGCAGAAGAAAUAAUGCGGAUCAAUAAGGCUUCUAAAGGACAAGGACUCGGACUUUCAGAAGGAGACGAAGAGGAAAGCCUUCGAAAAUUGCAGCAACUUCAAGAAAGUGCAGGAGUCGAGGACGCAAAAGAAGGCAGCAAAGCACUGGGGAGGAUCCUCUUUCGAGGAAAACAUCCCCAAGGAAGAAACGACAAGCCAGAGGAGGCAGUGCGAGACCUUCAAGAAACUAGGCACACCCGCAAACUGGUUGGGGAAAUGCUAGAGAAAGAUAGUGCGCAUCUAGCGAAGGCGUGGGAAUGGCUGACUAAGCACAUCCCCACUGCGGUUGUAAAAGAAGCGCGGUUGCCUGUCGUGCAUCUUCUAGGCGGGCCGACGAGAUACGCUGAGAACAUCGUCAUGAUCGGUCGCGACUCGCAUCAGGCUAUCGCAGAACGGGAACGCGUUGGCCGCGAUAAUUUUGUGGAAUACCCGUGGCGAGACCCACACAAGCAAACUUGGGCUCAAACGCUGGUUUACCUCUACAAAGCGUGGUGGAAGGAAAUCGAGCAACAGUGCAUACGUAAUGAUGUCAUCAGUGGUGGUGGAGAACAAGAAGAAGAUCACCCGGAACAUCUUCACGGAGAUCCGCUUCAAACAAGGGAUAUCGAUAUGUUGAAAACAAGACUGAAGCAACUACGUACUCUACGAAGAGCCCGCGACUGGCUGCUAAAAUUUUCAAAUUUGGACAGUCUGUGGAGGUCAGACCCCCCCCGUGAAGGUUCCUCCCAGUCCCACCAAAUCUCCCAGAGGACGUACUCAUAUGACAGGAUGUUUCCGAGACUCCAUGCGCGUCUGCAACGUGUCGCUGAGUGGAUGCAAUUUUGGAGGGAGCAGCUGGAAGCUGAAACGGAUGACAAAAAGCGGCCAUUUCUUGUGGAGAAAAAACCUCUCAAGGAGGAGCUCCUGCCCAGGAACAAAAGCGUUUUAGCGCAAGAAUUGGUUUCCGACGAGAAACUUUACUCCCUUGCUUUUGCUUCCACGCGGGGAGAGAUCAUGUGGGAUGAAGAUGGAGGAAGCGUUACAACCCUAAGUAUGCCAAAGCUGCAUUCCCAAGAAGAAGAACAAGAGCGCUUGUUUGGAGGACCUACACGGGAUCAUGAUAAUCUUCAAAAUGCACGGGUCUUCACUGCAGAAGUUUUCAAAAGUUCUUUGGAUUUUUGGAAGGAAUUUUUCAGCUCCAAGACCACGAAAUCGGCAGAAGGCGGCAUCGACGAAAAGGAAAUAUAUGCGGUGCAGAAGGACUUCGAUUUCGGUUAUUCCGAUCGAGAAGCAGCAAAAUUGGCAUUGAAAACUGCGAUUCGUCUUUCAUUUCCUCCCAAAAACACCUUUCCGGCGUUUUUUCGAACUCCUCAUAAUUUGUUCCACGAAAAAAUACAAAAGAAGGAGCUUCACGAUUUUAGCGAAAGUUUCCAAUUAAGAGCCAGUUGCUGGGCCCGAUUCUUCUAUCAAGAGCUCGGCUACCGGAAAGAUGACCUUGGCUCGAGAGUUUUUGCUGCCCUCGAAAAGCAAACUUUCUGGAGCAAAGGUCUCGUAAAAAAAGAAGAUGGGGACAAGGGCAGCCUCCACUACGUCGCCAACCUUCAGGAUUACAACCCGCUGCUCGGGCACCUGCGGCUCAUCAAUCGCGCAACGACUGAGGGGACCCGAUCCAUGGAAAAAUGGACCAUCUUUUUGGGCGAGCAGAUGAAAGACCAUCCACAAUUACGGCGAUUCUUAGUCAAAAAGGAUGCAGAGGAAUUUUUCAGGUCCGCCUUGAGCAGAACAUCAACAACAACAACGUCUAGUAGAAGUCGUUUCGAUGGUUUCGCAUACGACUACAACUACAAGCUUGAAGAAGAAGUCCUCUCUGAUGUCCAAGACAACGAGGGUGGCGAUCAACAUCAUGAUGUACCAGCGGAACAGCAAGAAGGACAUCAAGCACAGCUAGGACACCCGGAUCAACAAGUAGUAGAAGGACAUCAAGAAGAACAACAGGAGGGACAACAAGCAGGAACAGCAUCGAGCGUGCCGUCGUUUCAUCUUGGUCCAAUUUUUGGGCCGAUCUUGAUCAAAACUACAGCUGGAGGCGGGUCUUGGUACUACGGUAGCAGUCUUGGAGGAGAGGCAUACACAGACGGGAAAAGAUUUACACGAUGGAAGCUAUGGAUGAGACAUUUUGUCCAUGAUCGCAAAAUUGAUGUUGUCGAGGCAUGGAUGAUGGCAGGAAUUUACUCAUCUGCGUCCGGAGGAGAUGGCCAUAGAACCCUUUUUCCAUGCAUUGGCUUGACGGGGCAGAGCAAGUCUGAUGAGGAGCAAUUGGCUUCUACGAGAGGAGGUGGACAACAGCUUCUACAUGUCGGACAGGAUGCUCCAGGCUUUUGUCAGCGAAGAGAGGAGGUCCCCGGAAAGCGUCAUGCAGCAGAAGAACAAGAAAUUUCUGACAUAUCGUACGCCCUACCAAUGUACUUUGAAAUAUGGAACUUCUGGAAGGUACAUCUACUAAAGCAGAACCCUCACCUACUUGUCCACCUAUCGGCUCGAAAUCCCACCGAUGAAUCUUCCGACUCCGAAGAGGAAGAAAUACAAGAUGACAACAAGAGCAUGCCGAUGCGGAGCAACCUUGAAGAUGUGGCUUCUUCAUCUUCUUCGAGAGCUCCUACAACAACUACAUCAACAACCACGACGUAUGCAGACAUUGUUGCGAUGACGACUAAGGAGUUGCUGGAAAGAAACGUGACUCAGGAGAUUGCGGAGAAGCAAAUCCAUUUUGACAAAGGUGAAGCGUAUCGAACAAUCUUGGCCUUGCGCGGACUCCUUCAAGAUGCAGUGGAUUAUGAUAAUGUCAAUGCGAUAGCGGCAAAUUUCGCCAGGAUGCGAUGGACGUGAAGGAUGCGAUCCCGGCAUGCGACGGACGCCAAUAAGAACAUGUAGUUCUAGCACUAGUACUGUUCAUCUCUCGGAGAUUGUUAGCACUGCUUCAAAGAAUGUUGCCUACCGUACUUCAAAGGAUGUUAUACACUUGAUGAGAGCCGGCGUAUCACUGGAUAACUUAUACUUGAAGAUGAGAACCUGAACCGGUAUGAAUACGUAUACAUGGAUAUUACCUUGACUUGUAUGCUAAGGAUGUUGUAGCUAACCUCAAGAAGGUUUGAAGUUGGGGGGGGGGGGUUCUCGGUUGAUGUUGCUGUUUGCCCGAUACAAUUGUAGGGCUUAGGGUUUAAAAAACUCAAAAACAUUCUUCUAAGAACAUUCCUGCAUUUAUCAAACAAGUAGCUGGACAAGGUAGAUAUCUAGGUGGUCUCGAGGAGGAAGCAUACUAUUACCUGCGAUAGCACAACGAGAAGGGCCUCCACUACUACUUACUUGUACAAUGCUACUUACGUGUAUAUACUUAAUAUAAAAAUCAGCACAUUCAUGAGCAUCUAUGCACAAGUCAGAGAAGUCUUGGCUUUCUGACUUUUUGCACUCAAUCAGGAGUGCAACAUCGUAAUCCAUCGACUGAUUAGACUAAUGAUUUUAGGCAUUCGACGGGGACGAGCAACAUGGUAAAGACUUGAAGAGACUUCAUUUUCAGCCGCUUCUGGUAGAAAAACUAGAACUCAACUGCAAACUCUAGAUCUUCUAGAAUUUUGUACAGCGAACAUGAGUUGUUUUUAGUAGAACUAUUUAUAAAACUCGUCUUCGAUCUCGUCUUGUUGACAAUUGUCGGUUGCAUGGCGCGAAGGAGGGCUCAGAAAUUUGGAUCAUUGGUCUCGAAAAGGAUCUGAGGAAAUGUUACAGCGCGCAACACAGUUAUGAUCGUCUAGAAUCAUGUGAAUGAAUCACCGAUGGAG